UGCUAUGCGGAAGUGAAGAAUGAAUACGUAGCUGUGUGGAUUAGCGGUGUGUGAUGGCGGUGUUUGAUCUUUUCUCUUUAACUUUCUAUAAGAAUCCGGAGCUGAUAUGAAGCUCGGCUCACUCCGGUCAUGUCUCAGAUCACACUCAGGACGUUCACUAAAGUGCCCUAAAUCUCUGAGACUGAUGUAAAUAAAGAUAAAUCCACACCAAUACAACAGUGAGAAGGCGGGUGCCUCGUGUGUGUGGGCAUCGUGUUGUGGUCUGCUGAACGAGCUGAUGGGGGCGGGGGCAGUGAGAGGACAGCAGCCCGGGUUCGGAGGAGGCGGUCCUUUCCGCUUCGCUCCUUCUGCUGGAUAUUCCACACACACAAACCCUCACACACACACUCAUUCACACACACUCAGCUGUCAAUCAUGUAGGGAGAGCUUCUCCAUCUUCAGAAGGAGGUAUUUGUGCUGUGAGUGUAGGCGGAGUUUCUGCUCGCUGUGUUCGGUUCUGCAGGAGAACCUGAGGAUCUGCUGCACGUGUAACCUGCUGAAGGGGACGGCGUUCCAGCGGCCGCGCCUCAUGAAGCUGCGCGUUAAAGACCUGCGACGCUACUUAACACUACGCAACAUCAACACCGACACCUGCAGAGAAAAAGAGGACUUGGUCAAUUUAGUGCUGUUUCACCAAGGGGUGGAGCCUGAGGAGGAGGCGGACGUGUCCUCGUUCGCCACGAGACCACUGUAUACCCCACCCACCACAGACUCCGCCUCCCUUCUCUCAUCUGCUCAAGAAGAGCCAAUCAGUAGGGACGAUGGCUCCGGAUAUACCGCUGAGCAGCUUGUCGACUCUGCAUCACUUUUCACUCUCGAGCCCACAGAACAAACCCCAGAGGUGGUGCGGAGGGCGGGGCGAGUGUCUCUCUCUGACCUGUCCUGUGUGGAUGAGGUGGAGCAGCUCCCCGUGCGACAGCUGAAGGAAAUCCUGGCCCGGAAUUUUGUCAACUUCUCUGGCUGCUGUGAGAAGUGGGAGCUGGUGGAGAGAGUGAGGAGGCUGUACACUGAGGACAAGGGCAACCGCAGGUCCAUGGAGAAUGUGAGCCAUGCUGGCAGCACAGUCGUAGCUUUUCCUCCUGAUGCAAUCAGAGGUGAACGAUCUGCUCGGCUGGCAGCGGACGAGAAUUUGUGUCGUAUCUGCAUGGACGCGGUGAUCGACUGCGUGUUGUUGGAGUGCGGUCACAUGGUCACGUGUACAAAGUGUGGAAAGCGAAUGAGCGAGUGUCCGAUCUGCAGACAGUACGUCAUCCGCGCUGUCCACGUCUUCAGGUCCUGACGUCACACGCGAUAUGUCAAUAAUCCACAGGAGACAACGAUGCAGCAUCUAUUUACUCGCACACACACACACACACACACACACACACACACA